AUGGCCCAAGAGGCGAGCUCCCCUCAGCUGCGCAGUGACCCGAUGGCGGGCGCGGCCCCGGGGAGCGUCCCAGGCUGCCGCGACGGCAGGGACCUCCCAGCAGACGCCGAGUGCGCGGGGCCCACGGACGGCCCGGCCCGAGGGCAGCCGCUCGCACCCCCACCCAGUCCCUCCGCGCACGCGCCCCCGAGUGUGUGCUGGGCUCGAGGCCCCCUCAUCAGCGCGGCCCUGGACGGCGCGGCUGGGGGCGGGAGAGGGGGACGGGGCGGGAGGUGCGAGGGCCCGCGUGCCCGCCGAGGACUCGCGCCCACUGGCACCGAGACAACUCCUGGUCGAAGGUUCUGGCGCCGCGUGAGUCCCCCACUGGCUGCUCCGAAAAGCCAUCUUUGCAUUGUUCCCGGGUCCCGCUCCGCGCUCGCUGCAGCCGCCUUCGCUGCCCGCCCGCCCGCCUCCUCCUCCUCCUCCUCCGCGGCGGACUCCGGCAGCCCACUCGCCAGAGUCCUCGAACUCGGUUCCUCGCCCCCUCGCUGCAGCGCAUCACCGGCGUGCCCCACCAUGUCAGACGCGGCCGUGGACACCAGCUCCGAGAUCACCACCAAGGACUUGAAGGAGAAGAAGGAGGUGGUGGAGGAGGCCGAGAAUGGGAGAGACGCACCUGCCAAUGGGAAUGCUAAUGAGGAGAAUGGGGAGCAGGAGGCCGACAAUGAGGUAGAUGAAGAAGAGGAGGAAGGUGGGGAGGAAGAUGAGGAGGAGGAAGAAGGCGACGGUGAGGAAGAGGACGGAGAUGAAGAUGAGGAAGCUGAGGCCCCUACGGGCAAGCGGGUAGCUGAAGAUGAUGAGGACGACGACGUUGACACCAAGAAGCAGAAGACUGACGAGGAUGACUAGACAGCAAAAGGAAAAGCUAAACUUAAGGCCGCCGUAACCUGUUCACCCUCCACUUCCCGUCUCAGAAUUUAAACGUGGUCACCUUCGAGUAGAGGAGCAGGCCCCGCCCGCCCACAGCGGGCAAUGCCACCCAUACACGACAUGGCGCUCGCCACCACCCACCAAAACCACAUGAAUUUGCAACAGGGGAGGAAAAAAGAACCAAAACUUCCAAGGCCCUGCUUUUUUUCUUAAAAAUACUUUAAAGGAAAAUUUGUUUGUAUUUUUUAUUUACAUUUUAUAUUUUUGUACAUAUUAAGGGUCAGCCAUUUUUAAUGAUAACGGGUGACCAAACCAGCCUUCAGAGCGUUCUCUGUCCUACUUCAGACCUUACUUGUGGUGUGACCAUGUUCAUUAUAAUCUCAAAGGAGAAAAAAAAACCUUGUAAAAAAAACAAAAACAACAACAAAAAAACAAUCUUAUUCCGAGCAUUCCAGUAACUUUUUUUGUGUAUGUACCUAGCUGUACUAUAAGUAGUUGGUUUGUAUGAGAUGGUUAAAAAGGCCAAAGAUAAAAAGGUUUCUUUUUUUUCCUUCUUUUUUUUUGUCUAUGAAGUUGCUGUUUAUUUUUUUUUUGGCCUGUUUGAUGUAUGUGUGAAACAAUGUCCAACAAUAAACCGGAAUUUUAUUUUGCUGAGUUGUUCUAA